AAGAAGAAGAGCGCAGUGUAGGAGAGGGUGAACUGACAGGUAUAAGUAGCAAUCGCACACUUGGGACUCCGUUGGCGAGUUCUUUCGGAAACGCGAUCAUCAGCAUCAUGAAGGCUGCCGCUGUCCUCCUUCUGGCCGCUCUGGUCGCUGCUGUUCCACGGGCUCGCCGCCAGGCGGCCCCCCUUCCCGACGGCAUCGAGCUGCUGCUGGGCCGCGCCCUGCAGUCGUCCUUCCAGUGCACGCGUGACGGCUACUACGCCGACCUGGAGACCAACUGCCAGGUGUUCCACGUGUGCCGCGGCGUGACCAAGGAGAACGGCAACGUGGAGUUCGAGCACCACGCCUUCGCCUGCGGCAACCAGACCGUCUUCAACCAGGCCUCCUUCACCUGCGCCUUCCUCGACGAGUCCAUUCCGUGCAACAGCGCCAAGGACUUCUACUACCUCAACGAGCGCCUCUUCCAGGACAAGGACACCCCCAUCCUCGGAGACGAAGAAGCUCAGAAGGCCGCCGAAUUCUACCCGGCCCGCGCUGCUGCCAAGGCCUAAACAAUGGCAUGUGCGAAGGAGUGCGUGAAGAAUGACUGUGAGUGCGUGUACAAAGAACGUAUUAAAUAAUAUCGACCAGUAUAACUUC